ACACUGCGUGAGAGAGAGAGAGAGAGAACCAGCUCUUUCCCUUCCCCUUCCCUUUCCCCACCCACGGCUAGGUUGCAAACCCUACCUCCUCGCUGAUGUGAGCCCCGCCGGCGACCGCCCCGCCCCCGUCCCCCGCCCCGCGCCGACCCAGGUCGCGGUACCCUAGCUCCUCGGUGAUGUGAGUCUUGCCGGAGGUUCCCGACAGAGCAGCCACCACCCGGCUGCCGGCGGCCGACCCCGUCCCCCGCCCUCCACCUCCUCCCCCCCUCUCGCACGAGGCGCUCUAAGACUCGUAAGCGGUGAGCUCCUCCGACUGCGCAAAGUCUACCUUGGGGUUAGCUCGUUGGUUGAGCAGAUUGAUCGAUCAUCGUUUCAGUGGAUCUAUCAUAUGCCCAUCGACUUGCAUGAUGGAGGCUGCACAGGGUCGACCUUGGUCGGAUCUUCAGCCAGAACUCUUGGGCCUUGUCCUCAGCCGCCUCCCCUCCCUAGCUGACCGUGUUCGUCUGAGGGCAGUCUGUCACCCAUGGCGCUCUAAUAGUCUGCAGCAACCGCUUCCCCUCCCAUUCCCGUGGCUCACCCUCCCUAAUGGUACUUUUUGCAGCAUCCCAGGUGGUGAGGUUCACCGCAUGCCUGUACCAAAUGGUGCUAGUUGCCGUGGCUCAGUUGAUAACUGGCUAUUCCUCAUUCACAGUGAUGAUGAGUGCACAUUGAUGAACCUGUUCUCCAAGAGCAUGUUGGAGCUUCCCAACCUUGCCACAGUUUGGCAGCGUGAGGUUCACUACCAAUCUAAUCCUGAACAAUUUUUGUACAAGUUGGUGGCACCCUCACCCCUGGAUUCAUCACCAGAUUCACUUGUUGCGGCAUUGAUCAUUGGUGAUGGGAUUAUGAAAACACUUUGUGUGAGCCAGCCACCGAUUGUCACUUGCUUGUUCAGAUUCAACAUGCGACCAUUACCGGACCUAUUGGAUGUUGCAUUCUUGGAUGGAAAGUUGUACGUGUUAUCAGGCAGUCGCAAGCUCUACAUCCUUGAGUUCUGCAAGAAUCUUGGUAGCAAUUCAAACAUCAAAUCCAUAAUUGACGAUUAUGGUGAUUUUCUUGAUAUGCCAGAAUGCUUUCCCAGAGAGGAGAUAUAUAUGCUCAAGUUCUAUCUAGUUGAAUGUGGUGGUGGACUGUUGGUGGUGAAACGAUUUAUUCGUGUCAUGGGCCCUUUUCCCAGGGAUGAUCCCUUUGGAAAUACCCAGACUGCUGGAUUUGAUGUCCUCAAGGCAGACCUGCACUCUAACCCUUGCCAGUGGAGAAGGAUCAGUGAGUUGGGUGGCCAUGCUCUCUUUGUUGGCCAGCAUGGCUCCAAGUCUCUGCCUGCUACAGAAUGCUGUGGAUCCCAAGAGGAUUGCAUCUACUUCAUUUUUGACCACCCCCCUCCAAAGUUUUCUCCGAAUCCAUUUUACGACUGUGGUGUGUACAACAUGAGAAAUGGGAGGAUCACGCCAUUGAUGUCUCAGACUGCAGCACCUGCACAUGAUGCCGGCCAAUGGCGUUCGACGUGGGUUUUCCAUGCUGGAGCUGUGUGACCAAUCUAGCAGGGUUUGCUCCACUGUUUUGGAGAUUCUCGUAUGUUGUUCUGCUGAAGCCUUGCGAUCAACCCAGCCCGGGCGCUGCCCAUCUUUACCCCCAGUGCUGAAGCUUUGCGAUCAACCCAGCCUGGGCGCUGCCCAUCUUUACCCCUAGUGCUGAAGCUUUGCGAUCAACCCAGCCUGGGCGCUGCCCAUCUUUACCCUAGUGAUAUGUUAUCAUGCAGACUUAAGUUCUUAAUUUGUAUGAUGAACAACCCAGCUUGGUUCUGUUUAUCUUUAUCCUAGUGAUAUGUUAUGUAUGGUCUAGUUGUGAAAUUUUAAUUAGUAUGAUGGUGUCCACUUCAAAUCUUAUGAAUUAUCUCAAUGGGAUGUAUUUGGAUGUGCAA